AUGGAUAGCAUGAGUGAGGCAUUUGAUCAAAUGCAAAUGGUCAAGGAUGUUCUAGCCAACAGUGAUAAAGUUUCAGAGGUCCUACAAGAGUCUACUCAUCAGUUCAACCUGCUUACUUCACCCACCUUCCUACCAAAGGUCAAGGAUCAAGGGAAAUUCACUCUCCCUUGCACACUUGGGCAUCUUGAGAUUGACAAUGCCUUAGUGGAUUCUGGAGCAAGCAUCAAUCUGAUCUCUCUCUCCAUGGCAGAGAAGCUAGGCAUAGCUGGAGCCUUGCAGCGCCCUACUACUUCAAUCAUGUUUGGAGAUGCAACUUCUAAGUCUCCUCUUGGAGUGUUCAAGAACUAUCACUUGAAAAUUGGAGAAUGCAUCAUCCAAACUGAUCUCACUGUGAUGGAAAUGGAAGAAGAGAAGGAUUUGCCUUGUUAUUGGGAACCCCUUUCCUUACCUAGAGGUUCAGACUUUUGUGCCACAAUUGACAGUACCAAUCUCAGUUCUAAGAGUCAUGGAGCUACAAAGGUUGUGAAGGAAAGGGUUGACAAGGAACCAAGAGUUGGGAAGGAUAAGGAUGAGAGAGGACCAAGGAUUGAGAAGCCACGUCUUGAGAGGGCUAGAGUUGAGAAACCACGAUCUGAUAGGCCAAGAGCUGAGCGACUUGUUCAAGCCCCUUGUGUGCUUGAUGAAGAGAGCCUUCAAGCUUUGUUUGAUGAGCCACUAGGAAGGGCUCUAAAGAAGGGGAGGAUGCAGCCUCUAAGGCAAGACCAGGAGAUAAAAGAAAGGAUCCACCAGCUCAGGCCCCUUCAGUCAAGCCAUCUCAGCUCACAAUGA